GCUGUGGGCCUUCGUGGAUAAGCUUGAUCUAGUCUUCGCUGAAGUCUAGUUCCUUGGCAGGAAUUAUGAUGGGAACACUCGUGACCCGUAAAGACAUCCCCCCGUGGGUGAAAGUUCCUGAAGACCUGAAAGAUCCAGAAGUAUUCCAGGUCCAGUCGCUGGUGCUAAAAUCUCUGUUUGGCCCACAGGGAUCUCGAAUGCCUCGCAUCGAGCAGGUGAGCCAAGCCAUGUUUGAGCUGAAGAACCUGGAAUCUCCCGAAGAACUUACCGAGGUCUUCAUUUAUGGCUCUCAAAACAACAAGGUUCGGGCUAAAUGGAUGCUUCAGUCCAUGGCUGAGAGAUACCGCCUGCGCCAGCAAAGAGGAGUGCUGAAGCUGGAGGAAGCCAUGAAGACCCUGGAGCUAGGCCAGUGUACCGAGUGAAGCCUGUUACCAGUCAUUGUGUCACCCACCUGGACACAGGUUAAGCUGCGGCCAGUGUUUGGUUCUGCCGGGAUUUUUUUUAACUUUGUUACAUCCUAACAAGAUAUUCCUGGAUCCCUGCUGUGCAUUCUGAUGUGAAUAUCAAGGUUACUAUUCUAACUAAAUAAAAUUAAAUAAUAAAAUGA